AGGGAAGCCUCCUUUGCAGUGGAUCAACUUUGACCCCUUAGAAUUCUUGGAAGAGUUAAAGAAAAUAAACUACCAAGUGGAGAGCUGGGAAGAAAUGCUGAAUAAAGCAGAGGUUGGUCAUGGUUAUAUGGAUCGACCUUGCCUGAAUCCUGCUGAUCCUGAUUGCCCAAUCACAGCUCCCAAUAAAAAUUCUACCAAACCUCUUGAUGUAGCCCUUGUUUUGAGUGGUGGAUGCUACGGACUGUCAAGAAAAUACAUGCAUUGGCAGGAAGAGUUAAUUAUAGGUGGUACGGUCAAGAACAGUUCUGGUAAACUUGUCAGCUUUGUUGUUUGGCAUGUAUGUAUAAAACAUUGAACAGUGUUUGAAACACCAAACAACUUUGAGCAUUUUUUGAAAUACUGUCAAAGGAAAAAGGGGG